CAGCGAUUCAGCGGUGCCGUUUCGCUUGGAGCAGCUCGGUCUUUAAUCGGGUAUCAUUCGCCGGAUCGCGCAGCCCGUCCGGGAAACGCGCUCCGGCAGCGUCCGGUCUAUAUGCUCGGACCGUAUUAAGACGUACAGCAAAUUCUGGUAGUAAAUGCAAAGAUUAAUGUUUCGUUAUGACAGUAGAGGCGUUUCGGGUGAAUGUAACCGCGCAGUUACAAUUAAUAAGCGCUCCUUCCGCACAUUGUGUACAGGGUUAGCGCUCCACGCCGGACUCCUGCUUACGCUCCUAUACUGUUUCAUUGUAAAAACCCGUCUGACUUUCCUAGCGGACAUUUUAAUAAACUCCGGGGUUUAGAGGUGAUCGGGAGACACGGCCACACAGUGGCUGGUUUCAUACGGGCAAAUUUGGGCAGUGCAGCGCAUUUUAAUAAACGGCGCGCUUAGAUCGUUAUAUUCCGCUGUUGCACUUUUUGCAACUGGGGAUCCUGCAUUUAUUUUCCCCGAUAAGAGACUAAAAUACGGGCUUGAAGUAACAGUAAACAGGGAGAGAAGUGCGACUCCGGUCGAUUCCUCCGAGGGGAGGAGCCUCUGCGCAGUGACGUACGUGGCUCCCUUCGCUCUGAUUGGCUGACAGGAAGAAACAGUAAUACCGGGGAGCAGGAAAAUCCUGCAGCCUGUGCGAGAGGAGGCACAUCGCAUCGGUGGGACUGUGACGGCGGAGCCCCCCUUCCGUAAUACGCCAGCUCAGAUAUUUCUAAUGAGUUUUUUGUUGUGCAUCAAAAAUAAAGGAUAACAGGGGCUACGUCUCUCUAUGGGCCGCACUGAAGUUAUCGCAGUUUUCGGGCGCAUGUUUCUGUAGCCACAGGAUGAGAUGACAAAGAGGAAGAAAGUAUCCAGCAAAUGCGGGAUGAUUUCGCCCACCGGGUACCUGGAUCUUACUGUUUGAACUUCUUGUACUGUAUGUCGGACAUGCGUUUGUUUGCAAAAGUCAACUUACGAUAAGGAAGAUAUACGUUUGGAGACAGUAAACGGAUCUGGGAUUUUAAUAGUGUAGUCUGUUACGCUGUUUUUUCUUUUUCUUUUAGUAAUUCGAGUGAUUGGUCGUAUUGUCAGCUAAUGACAACGGUUGCAGAUUGCCUCUAUGGCCGGAUCAUGAAGUGUUUGACUUUCUUGCUUUUGCUUCCAGAAACGUUGAAAAAGAUUAAAAAAGGUGCGAAACGGCCCGGCAAGCUGCCAGCAUGCUAUGAGAUCGUGACUUUGUCCCUGAAGAAGAAGAUGGCUGCAGAAUUGUACCCUGCAAGCACAAACACCAACCUUCCUCACAGUGGGGCUGCCAUAGUGGCAGCUGGGAGCAAGAAGAACAUCGUACAGGUGACAGAGACCGUGACGGCCACAGCGACCACCACCACCCAGCAGAACAUCAGCAACAACAACGUAGAGCCGUGCAGCUGGCAGUCCUCGCACCCGACGCUGCGGGAGAGGAAUGCCUUGAUGUUCAACAACGAACUCAUGGCUGACGUUCAUUUCAUCGUGGGAGCACCUGGUGAGGCACAGAAGGUGCCUGCCCAUAAGUACGUGCUGGCGGUGGGCAGCUCUGUCUUUGGUGCCAUGUUCUACGGGGACCUGGCCGAGGGCGAAUCCGAGAUUCACAUCCCCGACGUGGAGCCCGCCGCAUUCCUCAUCCUGCUCAAGUACCUGUAUAGCGAUGAGAUCGACCUGGAGGCCGACACAGUGCUGGCCACCCUGUACGCCGCCAAGAAGUACAUAGUGCCAGCGCUGGCCAAGGCCUGCGUGAACUUCCUGGAGACCAGCCUGGAGGCCAAGAACGCGUGUGUGCUGCUGUCGCAGAGCCGCCUGUUCGAGGAGCCCGAGCUGACGCAGCGCUGCUGGGAGGUGAUCGACGCCCAGGCGGAGCUGGCCCUGCGCUCCGAGGGCUUCUGCGAGAUCGACCGGCCCACCCUGGAGAUCAUCCUCACGCGGGAGACCCUCAACACCAAGGAGGCCGUGGUCUUCGAGGCCGUGCUGAACUGGGCCGCGGCGGAGUGCAAGCGGCAGGGGCUGCCUGUCACGGCCCGCCACAAGCGGAGCGUGCUCGGCCGGGCGCUCUACCUGAUCCGCAUCCCCGCCAUGACACUGGAGGAGUUUGCCGAUGGGGCGGCGCAGUCGGACGUGCUCACGCUGGAGGAGACCCACAACAUCUUCCUGUGGUACACGGCCAGCGUUAAGCCCAAGCUGGACUUCCCACUGGUGCGCCGGACGGGCUUGGUGCCUCAGUGCUGCCACCGCUUCCAGUCCUCAGCUUACCGCAGCAACCAGUGGCGCUACAGGGGGCGCUGUGACAGCAUCCAGUUCGCAGUGGACAAGCGCAUCUUCAUUGCGGGCCUGGGCCUAUACGGGUCCAGCGGCGGCAAGGCCGAGUACAGCGUCAAGAUCGAACUCAAGCGCCAGGGAGUGACUCUGGCCCAGAAUCUGACUAAGUUCCUGUCGGACGGGUCGAGCAGCACCUUCCCGGUGUGGUUCGAGCACCCGGUCCAGGUGGAGCAGGACGCUUUCUACACGGUCAGCGCCAUCUUGGAUGGGAAUGAGCUCAGCUACUUCGGGCAGGAGGGCAUGACGGAGGUGCAGUGCGGGAAGGUAACCUUCCAGUUCCAGUGCUCCUCUGACAGUACCAAUGGCACUGGGGUGCAGGGGGGGCAGAUCCCAGAGCUGGUGUUCUACGCGUGACCUCUGGACGCCCAUCUCCCCGAAGCAGGGGAACCUGGACACAGUGGACACCGAUAAUGCUGAAAUAUUUUUCAUUCAUCUGAUGGAUGUUCUCUGGCAAACGUUUAGCCUGGGGAUGCUUGACGGUUUAAUUUAUUAAUGCUCUGACGUCACGCCCAGUGCUGGGGCUCACCGUCCUGCUACUGGGGGAUGAUGCCCAGUGCCUGUGCGUUGUGUUUUGUACAGAAAUGAUCGCUGCUUUGUUUACGUGGGUGAAUGAGAUGUUCUUCAAUGGAGAGCACUUUGCAAAUCAUUUUUAAAAUGAGCCAAACUCCAUUUGAGGGUUGGGGGGGGGGUGCAUGAGUCAAGGUCAAAGCGAUGGACGUAGGGUUUCCUUUAGGGGUGAAGCUUCGUGUUAUCAGUGCCUGGGGCAAGUCAGACUGACGACUGUUGACUCCUAUUAAAUUAGUCAAAAUCGUGAAAAGCAAUUGCUGAUCUGUUGGUAGACAUGCAAAAUGAGUGUAAGAGAACGAAUGGUCAUAUAAAACAAUUAUAUGAAAUUAAAACAAGCGUGUUAA